AUGGAAGAAGAAGAAGGGAAUGAGGGGAGUGCCCGGCUGUGUCCCUGUUGGCCUCCAUCUAGACAUCACAGGGAGGGGAAAUCUCGAAAUGGUCUUAUGAUGGAAGAAGAAAACGAAAGGAAUGGAAAGAAAAGUGAUAAGGAAAAGAAUGGAAAUCGAAGAAGACCGAAUAAAGAUGGAGAGAAUAGACAAAUUGGGCAGAUCGGGAGGAAUACAAGUCCCAAUCGAAUUCGCCGUUUCUUCACUUCAAUUCGCGAGCGAGUCGUCGCUCGCGUCGGCGCGAGCAACACGUCAGAAAGCACGGGAGCUGUCGCAUCCGCCGCAUCGGCGAUGGCGCCUCGCGCCACGCGGUUUGGACCCGUCUCACAGUCGCUCACGGGGGUUCUCGAGCGGAUAUCGCAAGCACGAGCAGCAGUCGUCUACUCAACGGAUGUAGAACGUGAAACUGGAUCGUUAGUCACUUUACUGAAGGAUGCUGGAGUGGAGGAUCCCCUCUGUCUACGGGUUGAUGACGAGGCGAAAGGAUUUCUUCAUCGAUUGACACUGCGUACGAAUUGGCCGUUAGUUUACGUUAAGGGAGACGCAGUUGGCGGAUUGGAAGAGCUGAGCAAGAUCGCGAAGAAUGGUCACCUCACAGAAUGGUUGAAAGAACAUCAGUACGAUCUCGUCGUGCUCGGCGGUGGCUCAGGUGGACUUGCAGCGGCAAAAGAGGCAGCAAGACUUGGCAAGAAAGUCGCGUGCCUCGAUUUUGUGAAGCCGUCGACUCAAGGCACAACAUGGGGACUCGGAGGAACAUGUGUGAACGUUGGCUGUAUCCCGAAGAAGUUGAUGCAUCAAGCGGCAGUACUUGGCGGUUCACUGAAAGACGCACGUAAAUUCGGUUGGAAGUUGCCUGAGGGGGAAAUCGGCCACAAUUGGAAGCUGAUGAGAGAUGGUAUACAAGAUCAUAUCGGUUCGCUCAAUUGGGGAUAUCGGGUGCAACUUCGAGAAAAGAAGGUUGACUACCUUAACGCUUAUGGAGCGUUUACUGGAUCUCACGAAAUCACGUGCACGGACAAGAAGGGAAAGCAGGACAAGCUCACAGCCGACAAGUUCUUGAUUGCCACCGGAUUGCGGCCCAAAUUCCCCGAUCUUCCUGGAGCUAAAGAAUAUACAAUUUCUAGUGACGAUCUCUUUGCUCUUCAAUAUUCUCCAGGAAAAACGCUAUGCAUUGGUGCUUCAUACGUGUCUUUGGAGUGUGCUGGCUUUUUGAAAGGAAUCGGAUUGGAUGUCACGGUGAUGGUUCGAUCGAUCUUGCUACGCGGUUUUGAUCAAGAUUUUGCUGAACGAAUCCGCGAACAUAUGAUUCAAUAUGGGGUCAAAUUUUUGAGUGCCAUUCCUACCCGAAUCGAAGAACUUGAACCGAGGACCAAAAAAGCAGCCGGACGGUUAAUGGUUUAUUGGGAUGUGAUCGAUAAAGAUGGAGUCAAGACCGAACAUUCGGAGGAAUUCAACACUGUACUCUAUGCUAUUGGUCGUGAAGCGCGCACCGAAGAUAUUGGCCUUGAAGUGGUCGGAGUCGAUAAAGCCAAGAGUGGAAAGGUUGUGGGUCUUCACGAGCAAUCACAAUCGGUUCCUUGGGUCUAUGCGAUUGGCGACGUUUUGGAGGGAAAGCCAGAGCUCACCCCGGUGGCAAUUCAAGCUGGACGCGUGCUGGCACGACGAAUCUUUACGGGAGCAAAUGAAUUGACUGAAUACGACGAAGUGCCAACGACAGUCUUCACACCUUUGGAAUACGGAUGUUGUGGUUUGCCUGAAGAAGAUGCUAUCAAGAAAUAUGGCAGGGACAACAUCAUUGUCUAUCACAAUGUGUUCAUCCCGCUCGAAUACACGGUCGCUGAGAGAAUGGAGACAAAGCACUGCUAUUGCAAGUUGAUCUGCUUGAAGGACGAUGAGGAGCGUGUUGUCGGAUUUCACAUUUUGACACCAUGGGCUGGAGAGAUCACUCAAGGAUUCGCGAUUGGAAUGAAGCUGGGAGCCAAGAAAAGCGAUUUUGAUCGUCUCAUCGGAAUUCACCCAACUGUCGCUGAGAACUUUACAACGCUCACCCUGGUGAAGAAAGAGGACGGCGAGAAGCUGGAAGCAUCGGGUUGC